AUGGGCCGGAGACGUGGACAAAAGAUGAAGCCAAUGAAGAAGGCAUGUGUCGGCCUCCCAGGUUCUGGCAGUGGUGGCAAGUCCCCACCAGCCACCCGGGCCAAGGCCCUGAGACGGCGAGGGGCUGGGGAGGGCGACAAGCCGGAGGAGGAAGACGAAAUGGUGCAGCAGCAGCCGCCGCCACCUCCGGGGCCAGAAGAGGCUGAGGAGGGUGAGGAGGAGGAGUCUGAGCGGGGCCCUGGGGCUGAGGGGCUGCCCCCGGAGCUGCCCCCUGAGGACCCGGCGGCCCCAGGCCCUGCUGAGGACCCCAAGGUGGAGGGGGAGGCGAGCCGCUGGGAGCCGUCACUCAGCCGUAAGACGGCCACGUUCAAGUCUCGAGCGCCCAAGAAGAAGUAUGUGGAGGAGCAUGGAGCUGGCAGCGGUAGCAGUGGGCCGGCCGGGGCCCCUGAAGAGCGGGCACGGACCCCUGAGGAGGCCGGCGCCCUGGGUGUCCCUCCACGGCCACCCACCUCCACCCGUUCCUCUUCCACUGACACAGCCAGCGAGCACUCAGCCGACCUGGAGGAUGAGGCAGCCGAAGCUUGUGGGCCGGGCCCCUGGCCCCCAAGUGGCACCAGCGGCGGAUAUGACCUGCGGCAGCUGAGGUCCCAGCGGGUGCUGGCUCGGCGGGGAGACGGCCUCUUCCUGCCGGCCGUGGUGCGCCAGGUGCGCCGAAGCCAGGACCUGGGGGUACAGUUCCCCGGGGACCGGGCCCUGACGUUCUACGAGGGGGCACCCGGCGGCGGUGUCGAUGUGGUUUUGGACGCCACGCCACCGCCGGGUGCCCUGGCGGUGGGCACAGCUGUCUGUACCUGCGUGGAGCCCGGCGUGGCUGCCUACCGUGAGGGUGUGGUGGUGGAGGUGGCCACCAAGCCCGCUGCCUACAAGGUCCGCCUGAGUCCCGGCCCCAACUUGCAGCCGGGCCUGCCGGCCGCCCCACCACAGCCCCCACAGCUGCCACACCGUGAGCCCGAGGAGGCCGUGUGGGUGGCCCGCUCCAGCUUGCGCCUGCUGCGGCCCCCCUGGGAACCCGAGGCCCUGCCAAGGAAGCCCCCUGUGGGCCCCGAGGAGGAGCAGGCUGAGCCGGGGGGUGCCCUGCCCCCCUGCCCUGCUGCCCUGGACCCCAAGCAGCCUGAGGAUGCGGAGGUGUCGAAGAUCAGCUUUGGUGGCAACCUGGGGACUUGUGAGGAGGGCGAGGAGAAGCACCCGCCGGCCCUGGGCACCCCGGCCCUGCUCCCACUGCCCCCGCCCCAGCUCCUGUCUCCCCCGCCCAAGUCCCCAGCUUUCGCGGGCCCCGGCCGCCCUGGCGAGCAGCCGUCGCCCUGCCAGGAGGGGAGCCAGGCUGGCAGCCGGAGCAGCAGCGUGGCCUCUCUGGAGAAGGGGGCUGCGCCAGCCGCCCGGGCCCGCACGCCACUGACAGCCGCCCAGCAGAAGUAUAAGAAGGGGGACGUGGUCUGCACGCCCAACGGAAUCCGCAAGAAAUUCAAUGGCAAGCAGUGGCGCCGGCUGUGCUCCCGAGACGGCUGCAUGAAGGAGUCGCAGCGGCGGGGCUACUGCUCGCGCCACCUGUCCAUGCGAACCAAGGAGAUGGAGGGCCUGGCGGACAGUGGCCCUGGUGGGGCCGGGCGGCCGGCAGGCGUGGCGGCGCGUGAGGGCAGCACCGAGUUUGACUGGGGUGACGAAACAUCGCGGGACAGUGAGGCCAGCAGCGUGGCGGCCCGCGGGGACUCGCGCCCACGCCUGGUGGCUCCUGCUGACCUGUCGCGCUUUGAGUUCGACGAGUGUGAGGCGGCCGUGAUGCUGGUGUCGUUGGGCAGCUCUCGCUCUGCCCCAUCAACGCCUCACCAGUCAUCCAACGCACGGCCGUUCGCAGCCGCCACCUGA